CUCUCCGCACAAAGAUUGAUUCUCCCUCUAGAACGUGAGGGGACAAAUGCGUGCCCUCUGCUUGGCAACGCGUGUGUGGAACGUGUGCGCAUUAGGGACAGAACGGUUGUCAAGGCAGCGAGUGGGCUUCGAAGUCUGUGGCUGGGGUCGGGAGGAGAGGAGGGUCGGGAGAGAGCGGAGGGAAGAGGGAGUGGCCCCGGACGCCAGGGAGUCAGGAAGAAGGAGGAACCAGGAAUAGAGGUCCAGGGAGAGGCAGAAAAGGCGGCGACGGAGGAGGACGCUGAGGUGGAGGCAGGGGCAGAGAAAGAAGCGGAGACAUUCCGCCCGCCCCCAGGUCCCGUCCUAGGGAGCCAUGGAGUUCUAUCUGAGCGCCUGUUCCAAGGCUGCAGAUGCCGCCGCCACCAAGACUGCCGCCAGCCACUUGGUGGCGGAGAGUGAGCAGUGCGGCGAGGGCCCCCACAAAAUGCAGUUUCCAGGAGUAGGAGCUGCUCAACUGCUGGAUCUACCUCUUGGCGUCAAGCUGCCUUUGAUCCCAGGAAGUAAUACUUUAUUCUACACCACAAAUUUAAGUGAAAAGCUUUUUCAGCCCUCUUACGGUUUUAACCUAAAUGAUCCUUAUGGUCGGCUACUAGAAACCAGAUACAAAAGCCUGCAUGAUCCUCAUUUAAGUGGCUAUUACAAACGCAAAGAUAUCUUGAAACGAUUGAAAAAAGGAGGUUACAUCACCAGCAAUAACAAAAAAAUGCUUGAAAAGCAAGUCACCAAACUCCAGGAACACAAUCAAAUCCCAGACAGCAGAGACGCUGCCCAAUUCAGAGAAUGGCUGUUACAAGAAGGCACACAGUCUAUUCAGGACCAAGAGCGCUUAAUAAGACACAGAUAUUUAGAUAUGAUAAGCAGAGAGCUGGAGAAGCUUGAGCGGUCUGCUGAAGAACGGCAUCUCAUCCGGAUGAACGAGGAAGAGAAAAGACAGAGGGAACACACGAGGAGAAAACUUAGUCUUCGGAGGAAGAUUGAAGAGGAAUGGAAAACAAAGGAGAUGCUACUUCUUACCAGAAUUGGAGAAGAAGUUAAAAGAGAAGCUCGGGUGGAGGAACAACGAAGAAAAAGUCGAGAAGAGAGUGACAGGAAGAAACAAGCUCUUCUUGAGAAAAAAAUGGCCUUUCAUUUGCGGAAAAUGCAAGAGAGCGGUAGCUUUAAAAAAGAAGAAACUGAGAAAACACCUUCAGUGGAGUAUAAAGGAGGAGAUGGGACAUACUUUGAAAGUGAUGAAAUUAGAAGACAAGUUAUUUCACCAAAGAAGAAAAAGAAAAAGAGUGAAGACCCCAAACCUCCUGAACCGAAACCAUCUCGAGGAUUUAAAAGAAAUACAACACUCUCUAUCCGACCUUCUCACAGUAGUACAAAGAGUGGGACCAAGAAGUCAGUCUCGUCCAUGUAUUCACAGGGUGAAUCGAAUAACCCCAAUAACCCCACUACUACUGACAGCAGGCGUGAUGGAGGUGUGUCUAAAAAAUUAAGUGGAAUGGAAACUGGAGUUUCAAAUAACCCCAUUAAGAAUCCCAUCAAGUCUUCACCAUCCUUAGCACCAGGUCCUCCUCCUCCUCCUCCAAAGGAAGAAAUGUAUAAUUAUAAUCCAUUUGCUCCAGAGCCAAAGAGAUCAUCCAAGAGAGAGCUCCCUGCCACCAUAUAUCAGAGACCAUCCAACAAGAAGCCAAGCUGUCCUUUUGGAAUAGGGCCAGCAACCCAUGGAGCCUUCCUUUCUCAAGUUCUCUCAAAUACACAACAUCAUCUCCUGCAGAAUGGCCUACAAGAAAAAAUAUCUGCUGAAGAAUUAAAUGCCAUACUUCAGAAUGUAAUGACCUGGGUUGUGGCGACAGUGACCAGUAUUUUAUAUCCAGCCAUCACAAUGUAUGAAGAAAGGUUGCGUACAAAUAUAUAUCCUCUGUCUGAUGAUUCGGUUCUCUCAUCGGGUAGCUCAAGUUUCUGUAGUACUUGCAGUGACGAUUUUGCAUACAGAGCUUAUUCUGCAGCCACAGCUAAAAAAUACAGCUGUACAGAUCUCACCUCAAAGCCAGUAAACUUACCUCCAGUGCCAGAAGGGCAACCCAUGGCCAAACAAAUGUCAAGAGCUACCCAAAUUGAAACCACCAUCUUAAAAGGAACAUAUGCCAGCAAGAAGGGACAGACAGUAACUCAAUUUAAGAUGGGAAUGAGCUAUGAUAUUCCCAGGGUAAGGAGCUGUAAGUCUGACAGUCACCUUUUAACUACAGUUGAAAUAUGUGGAAAGAAAGAUGCUACUACAGAAACAGAAGAAUUACCUACUGAAUCCCCAGAAGAAAAAGAAAAACAAAAAGAAAAAGAAAAA